AUGCUCGCACCGAUACGUGCCCCCCUCGCCAAUCAUGACACAACUGCACCGCCCACCAACAUUCCACGUCUUGCCGCACCAGCAGCAGUCCCAGGCCUGGUUCUUGGCCUCAAAGGGGCAGUCGGCGAGUGGACACUUGGGCAGCGUGUAGCCCGACGGCGGAGGGUAUGGGAUGGUCUGCUUGGUCGUGUUGCUGCAGGGGCGGCGGCGAGAGAGGCCGACUGGACACAGAAGCAAAAUGAAAAGCUCAAGAGAUCAUGGGUGUUUAUGUAUCCCAAAUAUCUUCCAGCUUUUCCCGAUCUAUCUCUCAACCGGCUCUCCUUACCCUUUCAUCAAGAUGCCAUCAGCGCAACUCCAACCGCGAUAGAACCCGAGGGCGGACAUGGCUGCAAAAUCUCAAAGGACUCAUGA